GAUAUUUAAGAUGCGUCUUGCCACAUACACUCUAGAUUCCCUGGAGUAUACACUUGGUAUAUGCAUAUCAAGUUAGUUAGUUUUUAAGUUUUGUGAUAACAAGUUAAUUGGUGAGAAAAAAUUGUAGCUUUAAGAUGUUAAGUAACUUAUACCCAACGUUUCUUAUCCUUAUCUGCACCAUAGACAUUUCCAGAGAAUUCGGUAAUUUUAACCCGCAAAGAAGACCUCAAGUGAUGGGAGACUUAAUCCCGUUUAGAUCCUUAAGCACGCACAGGAAAAGGAUCCAGGACAAAAUCGUCCUUUACCACAAUUUUUUCAGGACCCAAGUGAGUCCUCCGGCUGCCAACAUGCUAAGGAUGAAAUGGCAUAAAGGUGCAGCGAAAGCCGCGCAAAAAUGGGCUGAUGAGUGCAUGAUGUUGAACCAUGAUAAUACCACUGGGAGGUUUAUAAAAGAGUAUGGUUCUUGUGGACAGAAUAUUUUUAUAGCCUCCCAUAAAGUACCUUGGUUAUUUGCCAUAAAAACCUGGUGGCUGGAAAAGGAUCUGUUCACUUUUGGUACUAAAAACAAUCUAACUUUGGUUGGGCAUUAUACCCAGAUGGUUUGGGCAGCUACCCACGAAGUUGGUUGUGGUGUAACAAAAUGCAAUCAUUUCGGAAAUUUUACAGGAAAAGUUUACUACAACUACGUCUGCAACUAUUGUCCAAUUGGAAAUCGUCCAAAAAGGGUGGGAAAACCUUACAGAAGAGGAAAACCUUGCAACUCCUGCAAAAAACAUUGCCACCAUGGAAAACUGUGUAAAAAUGUUUGCGCGUACGCCGACCAAUGGGCAAAUUGCAGACAAUUAUACAAAUACAGCCCUGGAUGGUUAUGUUAUACCGACACUGCCGAGGGAAGAGACCGGGCUAGAAAUUGCAGCGCUGCUUGCUUUUGUAAAAGAAAAAUUCAUGACUGAAUUCAUGAAGUAUUUAGAAUGUUUUAUAUUAAAAUUUUUAUAGUAGGUAUAGGAAAAACAAAAAUGCCUUGUACAAUAAAGCUUUUAAUAAAAAUAUAUCACAAUAUAAAACAACGGUAUUUAAGUAUAAAAUACAACAAUUAUAAACUUUCACUUUAAAAUUUUUUAUUGUGGUUUCCACACUUUGAUUGAACGGUCCUGACUACCAGUCACAAUGAAACUUCGAUCGAAUGAUAUGUCUACAGUCUUUACAAAACCU